CGAUGAACGUUUAAUACCGGAGAGAGGUUUCAGGAUGUCGCCGGUCAACUCUGAUAAUGUAGUUCCACUUCUGCCGGAGCAUGAAUCACCGGAAACACCCACAGAGGAGAAGCAACCGUCGGUUUCCGGAGCCGUGUUCAAUGUUUCCACGAGCAUAAUAGGUGCCGGAAUUAUGUCGAUUCCGGCGACUCUCAAAGUUUUAGGCGUAUUUCCAGCGUUUGUGUUGAUCGUGCUGAUUGCGUGGCUGGUGGAUGUUUCUGUGGAGUUCAUGUUGAGGUUUAGUUACGCUGGGGGAUCCACGACGUAUGCAGGACUGAUGAAGGAGUCGUUUGGAAAGAUAGGAUCUGUUGCUGUUCAGAUUUGUGUGAUGAUUACGAAUCUCGGUUGUUUGAUCAUCUAUCUCAUCAUCAUCGGAGAUGUUCUCUCAGGAGCGCAAUCUGGAGAAGAAUCGGUUCAUUUGGGAGUAUUGCAAGAAUGGUUCGGUAUUCACUGGUGGAACACACGCAACGUCGCCAUCCUCUUCAUCGUUAUCUUCGUUAUGCUUCCAUUAGUCUUAUUCCGCCGUGUUGAAUUUCUAUCGAUGAGCUCAGCAAUAGCUGUUCUACUCGCAAUAGUGUUCGUCGGAAUCUGUUCAGCCAUGGCGAUCUCUGCAACUGUCAAAGGAGAAACAAGGAACAUCAGAUUAUUACCUCAGUUAGAUGAUCAAGCCGCCUUCUUCAACCUCUUUACAGCCAUCCCUGUCAUCGUCACAGCUUUCACUUUCCAUUUCAAUGUUCAUGCGAUUGGCGUUGAGCUAGGUAAACCGGAAGCAAUGGCGUCUGCAGUUCGAAUCUCUCUCAUACUCUGUGCCCUAAUUUACUUCUCAAUUGGGCUAUUUGGGUACAUUCUGUUUGGGGAUUCAAUCGAGGCUGACAUUCUUGUAAACUUUGAUGAAGCAACUGGAUCGAUGAUUGGAUCAGUGUUGAAUGAUAUUGUUCGAUUAAGCUAUGCAUUCCACUUGAUGCUGGUGUUCCCUUUGUUGAACUUUUCUUUGAGAACAAAUAUCGAUGAGUUUCUUUUCCCUGAUAAGUCUCUUCUUGCUAAAGACAACAAGAGAUUUCUGUUCCUCACAUUUAUUCUGCUAGCUGCAGCUUAUCUCAUCGCCAUAGCCAUUCCAAAUAUAUGGUAUUUCUUUCAGUUCAUGGGAUCAACAGCUGCUGUUAGCAUUGCCUUCAUCUUCCCUGGUGCUCUUGCUCUCAGAGAUGUACAUGGCAUAUCUUCAAGAAAGGACAAGAUAAUUGGAGCAACUAUGAUAAUUCUUGCUGUUAUUACAAGCACAAUUGCAAUUUCUUCCAAUCUCUACAGCUUAGGAAACUAAAUAUGAUUUUGUGUAGUGGUUUCUACUUUCUUUUAUGAUAGUUUACUUUCUUCAUUCUUUUUUCCGACGUGGAAAUCAAUAUUCUAGAGUGUCAUGUAUUACAAAAAUAUUAACUGAGUAUUUUGAAAAAGGUAAUAUACGUUAUAAAUCCGAUGAU